AGUGAGCGAAGGCCUCCUAUGUAAUGUUUAUGUUGUAUUGACAGUAAUGGUACAGGGUGAAUCUAGGUGUCGCUGUCCCUUACCUUUUUAUGAUUUUUAUUAGUGAGAAUUGGAGAGCGUGUUUGGCUUUCGGUAGCUUACCAGCACUUUACGUGCUCUACAGCUUUCAUCUUCAUUUCCCAGAGAGCAUCAAAUGGCUUCGUUGGAAAGAAAGACAAAGCGCACAUUCCAAAAUUUUAGACGGAGAAAGUUUUAACGGCUUUGUUCCCAUCACCAUCAUGAAGCAUGGUCAACAUAAUAGCUACCAAUACUUGACUCAGCAAGAACCAGUCCCGGCUUUACCGUUGCGGACCAACUCCAGUGCGACGAUGUCUCGACAUGGGGAGCUAGCAGUCGGUCUUUUAUUAGCAUAUGUCAACAAUUGCGUUGAUGCAUCGCUUUUUUAUGGACCUGAAAUCAUUGCGAAGACAAGCGUGUCGUUUUCAAGCAGAGAUGCAAACAUUUUUGGACUUGUCUGUUCGUUCGUAGCAGUAUUCUCGGUUAUUUUCGCAGGACGCUUCGUUAUUGCGAGAUUUUCUCGAAGACAAGUGUAUUUAAUAUGUUUAGCUGUUGUCUGCCUCUGCUUUUUUGUGAGCGGUGGCAUUUUUGCGCAAUAUUCGACAGACGAAUUUGCACACAAUCCCGCGGCGACCGCAAGCAUCAUGAUAACUUUCGCCAUUCUCAAUGUGUUUGCUGCUGUUGGUCCCAGCAUACUGUUUGUUGUAAUCCUAAGCGAGCUAUUCCAUGACAAUAGCUACCGUGCUCGAUAUAUGAGUUAUUGCACCUUCGCCAUGUCGCUCAUAUCACUGCUUGUCAACGGGUCUAUGCUCACUUUGUUUGAUUUUCUUGGUAAAGCAGCCACAUUUCUGAUGUAUGGAGUCACUUACAUAGCGUGCCUCAUCAUAUUUUACGUACAUCUUCCUGAAACCAAACAACGUCAAUUGUUGUGAUUUUAGACUAUUUUCAACAAUAACGUCAGAGUAAAUAGAUUAAUUAAGCGCUUACAAUCAUGUAGUGAGUUCUAUUGUGAUUCAG